AUGGCCACCUCUCUUCCAACGGCGCCAUCCUCGGCACCUGCCUCCGAGCCUCCACAGCCAUCAUCGCUCAGCGACGCCAGGCCGACUCUAUCCCACCACGCAUCCUCUUACUCAAAGCCACCAGGCUCUACAAACUUCCCACCGUUCAGAUCCCCCUGCCUCAAGUGCCAGCCCAUUCUUCACCAUUCGCACUCCACUACCAGCGUGCCCACCAACCAUCCUGCUGACUCUACCACGCUCGUCACACCGGCCCAUCAUGUCACCAUUCGUCAAUACAUAGGCCCGCUUCCUGUGCCAGCGUCUGCCGCAAAAGCCAUCGCCAAAGCCAUCGCUGAGGACGACUCCUACGAAAAGGCAUCAUCGCAACAGCGUCCACAGUCUGAGUCAAACCAAACCAAGCUCGAUCGCGAGGAGCAUCCAAUUCAUGCUGCAGACUUUGCAGCAUCUCCUGCAAACCUUCCGUCUUCCGAUGACACCGCUCAAGCGCAUGCCUGGGCAGAUCCCUUCCGCGUUCAGUCUCCUGCCGAGCUUCAACAUCACGAGCAGAAGCGCGCACAAUCAUCCUUCCCAACUUCUCCCAAGAGAAACCCAACAGCUCUUCCUCCUCAUCGUCCACGCAUCGUCGAAAAGGACCCCUCUUCCACUUCUGUCCUCUCAAAUGCCUCCUUUAUUAGUGCCCGAUCCUUCGAUCGUGACGCUCUCAGCGACACCGAUGCCCAUCAACGAGCACAUCGACCCACAGCCACAACCGCCAGCACCACCCACCUUCGCUCCGUCAGCCCUUCCAACAAGAGGUUCACCCUUAGGUCCAAGAAGAGUAAUCAAACCUUCCCGGUCAGCUCCGCGGCGAGCACCCCUGCUCAGCCCCCGCCCACUUCUAUACUUCGUAAGGCCGCUUCAUUCGCUCCACAUGCUCACACCGAAUCAGACGCAGCUGCGUCAAAAAGCGUCACCAAUGUGCGCAGUGCCGACAAUCUUCGUGUCUUAGCCCUCCGACAGCAGCGAAGGAUCGGGUCCGAAGGGUCUCAUGUCCUCGCUUCCACAACUUCUUCAUCAUUUGUCGCACCAAAUGCGUUGCCCAUUCUCGAUCUGCCUCUGAGCGAGCUCGAAGAAGCAAUCAACGUUGCACAACCGUCGCAAAUAUCCACCCAACCCCAACCUCUCAGCACGCACGAAAGCUCUCAUCGAUCAAAUGGGCAUGCCCCGACGACCGACCGCCCUAAUUUUGACAUCCCCCAUAAUGAGCGUCGAGCUCUCAACAGCAGCAACGACACUACCAUCAUUCGCAGAAACACUCAUGGUGACGAUCAAGGUAUUGGUAACGCCUUGAGAACAGAGACGUCCUUUUCGAGCAACUCCGAGUCGAAUACAGUUGAAGCGCACAACAGUGAAGCGACCGGACCACAAGAUCGCAACCUUUUGCACCCUGCUUGGGGGCAGGCGAGCUCUGCGAACGCACCGAUCGCUGCUCCAGAGGCGCAUCAUGAUUCAGUACACGAUGGCUCUGAGACAUUGCCGGGUGCAGUUCCGUACACAGAACUUCCGGGGAGCCCGCAGUCCUCAAGUAAACUAUCGCGCAACCUCGUUGGCAGGGGCUUUCCGGUCAAGAAGCGUUCGCUGACCUUCACCGGCGAGCAAAGUAACGACACAGCGCAACGAGGUCCACCAGGUGUUCAAUUACCUCGUGCUGUCGAUCAUCAUCGCGACUACUCGCGUCAGAGCAGGAUGAGUAGGGCAUCUACAGUUGGCACUUUUAACACCGUAGGCACCGUCGCCACAGAAGGUAGCUUUGGCGCCACAGCUGGCACCACUUCCAGUCUCGCAAGAAAGUUUCUCACCAGCGGAAGCUUCCGCAGAAAUAGAAGGCGAGCCGACUCUGUAAAGGUUGGCAAUAACCGCCUCAAAAUGGCGCCCACACGCACAGACUCCGUCCACGAGCCGAACCCAUCGAGCUCUCCCUCGUCGACUCGCACCCGCAAGACAGCCUCACCCUUUGCGGUGCGCCGACGCCGCGCAGCUCGCUCCACUAGCUAUGCCUCUAUCCGACGAGACGAGUCACGGCGCAUGUCGGCGAGCGGCACCGAAGCAUCGCUAACAGAUUCUGUUGAAUUCGGGCGCGCGCGAGGUGUGCAGCCCGGCGCCGUCGGCACCAGUACUGGCGGCACCAAGUGGGUCGGCGAGAGCUUUCAGGUCGGCCAGCGCUUUUGGCACAUCCUGAAUGCUCGUCGCGAUGAAUUGCAGAAAUCUCAGCCGUGUUCGUGUGGCAACGAACCAAGUGCCAGCCAAAACAGCAGCGAGGUUGAUGCUUUGUCAGCAGACUCUGAUGCUUCUCGUAAGAAGCAGGCCGAGGCGCAAGCUGCCAACGUCGAACAUCUGAAGAAGAGCCCCGAAGGCGUCAUCACGCUCCUCGCACAGCAGGCACAAGACAUCUCGGACGACAAGGCCACGGUAGCGCAAACAGAUGCACGACGCGAACGCGCCUCCUCAAAAGAACGCUCUGAUCGCCAUCAUGAGGUGCCCUCGACUGAAGCAUCGUCAUCUCCUCGCAAAGCUGAAAGCAGGCCAUCGUCACGUAGGAAGCUUCUUUCCGACAACUCGGCUGCUACCAUCCAGACUGUUCAUCCUGAUGAAACAACUGCUUUGGCCAUCGAAGCACGUCAAGGCUGGAGCGAGGUCGUUUCCAAAAUGUCCUCGCUCACGGGAGAGCUGGGCAACGCUCUCAAGGCAAGUAAACUCGACCCAAAGAACCGCACAUCAUCUCCACACGGGUCGGAAUCCACGCCCAAAGCAGAGAAGCCCAUCCAUAAUCUCGGUGCAGGGUUGACGAAUGCCGAGCCGGGGCGUAAUGGAUCGCCUAAAUUGCCGGGGGACUCUGACUUCAAGAUCCUCGCCAGAUCUUCCAGUCUCGUCGAGUCGGACAAAUCCUCGGCUGCCUCCAAGUCUGUUAACGUAUCCUUGCACCCGUCUGUCCAGACAAAUGGCUUCGCUCCUCGUGCAUCGAGCUUGGCAACGGGAAAGACGCCCACGAUGACGAGAAGUGAUGCUUUGUCGCACCCGUCCCCGCCUGCGUCGGUCGAAGCCAACAAUCCCGAGCUCGUCCAUCAGCUCUUGCGUCGCAAAAGCGACCUAGGCGAGACACCAGCGUACUUGCCCGACGCUGCUAGCGACCAUGCUGUGGCCGUCCUGCCGGUUUCUUCGCCACUGGAUCUCACGCCUGCUCGAGAGAUCGCGUCCCCUUACUCUGGCCCAUUGUCCGAGCAGGACCCGCUUCCGCUCGACAUAAGUCCGAUCAAUGAAGGAUCUGCCGCUGCGCAAUCUCACGCGCAAAUCGGCCUCUUCAAGGCGGUCGGAGCCUCGGGCAAUGCUGAUCGCAGGAAGACGGUCAAAUUUGACACGGGUUCCACGCGUCCUCCUCUCAAGGCUCGUUUCACCGCUUCUCUCUUCGCCGGCAAAGCAGAAGACAAGCGAAUCCACCCAUCGAACCUUGGCAACGGCGUAGCAGGCGAUGCACAGCCACGACCGCCCGCAGAGGUGCUCGCACGGCCCCAGCCAAAUGCCCCGCGGGCACCCACUUCUUGUGAUAGCUCCAGUCCCGACAGUGAAGUGUGUGGGAGUGACACCAGCAUCAUAACCCGCAAAAGCGUGCUUAAGAAGGAUCGUAUGCUCGUCAAGAUCGCCUGGACGCCGCACGAGGACCUUCCCAGCGACUUUGACGAGCUGCUGGCCCGCAAAUAUUCGAUGCGAGAGGAGGACUGGCGCGAGUUUGUCGUUGUCUUCAGAAUGGGCAAGCUGGAGCUAUGGACGGAUCCCACCCUAACAAACAAGCUCGUUGGUCAUGGCGAUCGCCUCAAAUUGCGCCUGACCAUUCCUCUUUCGCGAGGUUCUACCUUCGUCUCGCUCUUCUCUCCCAUCGAUCGUAUCUUUUGUGUGACCUUCCAGCCCUGGAAGUCGCUCUCGGCGCACCACAACAAGCGAGGCCUUCACCUACGCCGACAGGGAACUGACAUUGUCUUCUUUGACUGCCGAGCACGGUCGGUCGCAGCUGAUUGGAUGUGGGAGCUCUGGAGGGAGCUUGGUGGUCUCAUUCCCGAAUCGCUCGAGGUUCAUGUUCCGUCUUUCGGACUCAAGGUGCGAAUCCCCAUUCCGGAGAACAUGCCCGUGGAAAGAUCCGAAUCGAUCACAACGCCUGCGAGUCAGCUCAGUUCUGAGAAAGGCGGUCUCCUUGCGCUCAGUUCCAUCGGCAAGUCACAGGACGGCGGCGAAGGUUUCAAGCUCAUCAAUCGCAACAACGUCAUCUCGAUGAUUUGGAAGCUCUUCUGCCGUAUCGAGCAAUGGAAAGAUCUCAUGGAGCAGUCACAGAAGCGCGGUCUCAGGCUGGAUCUCGCCUGGAGACGAGGCACCGAGCUCGAUUGGGUCAUCAACGAAAGGACCGUCGAAAACGAACCGCGACAUUGGGCAGUUCUCAGCGGUGCACUGCUCAGAGACUACAAGCGCCCCGCCAUUUUGGAGCUCAGGGCAGCGGCCCACUAUCCAACCUCUGUACUCACCGCUCCCGGUGAGUUCAUGCAGGAGCCGCCUGCUGUCGAGGGGUUCUUAUGGCGCGUCAAACCAGUGUCGGGUGCGCUGACCCGUCUCUACUUUACAACCUACGACGGCCACAUUUAUGUCUGCCGCACCUCCCGUGCAUUUCCUCCCGACCGGCACCUUGCCGUUCAGAUGCAAGAGGCCGUAGACAUGCGAGUACCCCGAACGAGCGGCGCAACGCAGGGCAGGGCACCCAAGGCUUCCACGCCCGCGAUGAGAAACGCUUUGACGCGAGCCUUGGCCAAGUUCGUCGGCGCCAACAAGGCCGCACGCCGCGAUGAGGACGUGGCGACGUUGCGUCAGAACGUGUUGGAAGCCAUCAGCUACGCGGCGCAGUCAGAAGAUGAGUUCCAAAGCCAAAUCGAGGCGUACCAAUCUUUCGAGACACGCCGGCAAUUCGAACAGAUCCGAGGCUCGGACGGUUUCAUCGACCUCAAGCACAUCCACACCAUCAAGACAAUCGGCAACGGUCCCGUUCGCUGCCCUGGAGAGGAUGACAUUCGCCGACCGACGCGUGCCGCUCCAGAGUCGUUGCUGCGAAAAGUGAAGGACGACCUCGCAGUCGCACAACGCGACGACGAAGAAUCGGACGAUGAAGACGAGGCAAUCGCCGACAUUGGUGGUCAAGAGGGGUUGGAGCUUGCUGAAGACGCCAGCGACGUGCGUCGUGCCCGUCAGAUCGAGAUCACUCUCACCAAUGGAAAGACGAUCCGUCUCGAGGCCUUUAGCGCUUCUAUCGCCCGAGAAUGGGUGGAGCGCAUAGCAGAGCUCGUCAAGUAUUGGCGUCGCAGGGAGCGCGCGGAUGCGGUGGAGCUCAUGUACGCCGCCGGCUCGGACAUCUCCGAGCUGCAUAAGCAGCUGCAGGGGCGUAGUACGCACGCGAGUGGCAUUGAGGAGGUCGACGAUGAGAAGCUCUCCCCCAUCUUGGGCAACAUCUGGAACUGGUGUCAGAUUCAAGGCUGCCGCAAUAUCAUUCGAUCCGGACGGCUCUUCCACAAGAAGAGCAGCUACAGCGCGUUCAAGGCGCGCGAAUAUGUUCUCAUUGCCGGUCGUCUGCUGUGUUUCAAGCUGGUCAAGUCGGUGCGAACCACGCGGGCGAGACAGAACAACGGCAUCUUCCAUCGACGACAAGACACGGUGAUCCACUUGCGCGAUGCCUACGUCUACAGUGGCAAACUGUGCGAAGACAUGCUCAAGAACGGGCGAUCGGAUCCGGCGCAAGCUGUGUCAGGGAUCGGCGGUGGCGGAUCCAAUAGCGGCAAACGCCACCGUGUGCCGCGAGUCUACGCCGAUGGCCUGUUCUCGAUCGACGAUGACGAGGACUGCACAUUUGUGAUCCGAUACCGUCCUGAGCGCGUCAACACGCCCGCGAAUCCCAGCGUGACCAGUCUACACGGAAAAGACGCUAAAGCACAUGCGCGAGGCGCUGGUGCCGCUGGUACGUCAGCCAAGGACACGAAGGAAGCACCAGAUGCCGCAUGCAGUGUGCCGAGACUGGACGACAAGACGCACAAGUACAUUGCGAUGCGCGCGCGAUCCAAGGUGGAACGCGAUCUGUGGGUGCGAUGCAUCACGUAUGAGAUCGAGAAGAUUGUGCGGGACGACGUGGAGCGCGAGAAGAAGCUCAAGAACACGGGCAAGGUCGAUCACAGGUAG